CCCCUUCCCUCCCAGCGCACAACUCAGAGAAACCCUCAUGUCGGUUCCAAGUUCCAACGGUCCCCUCUCUCUCUCCUCGGUGAACGUCGAGCAUCUCCAACAGCCUCAGUUGGAGAUUUCCGGCGAACUGGCGAGGAAAACCUCCCGAAGCCAGACCCAACGGCCUUGUCUCCGGCUCGCUAGUUAAUCCGCCGCCAAAACGCCUUGCCUGUUCUGGCGAGAUUUUCCAGCCUCGCUUGCCCUCGCCUCUCUCUCUCUCCGCAGACCAAGCAGCUUCCCUGGCCCUCGAUGACGGCAGAAACGUGGAUCUGGAGAAAUCGACGACGGCGGAUUCCGGAAUUAAAACCCACGCUACAGUGCCUCUCCCGCCCUCGUCCGUCGUCGACUUCCCGGCGAGUUUCCCGGUCGGGUACUCGGGUUGGUCAGGUUGUCGGUCGGUCGGGAAAUCUGGACAGCCCUAGUUAAGGGGCUCCUUGGGCGUUUGAAUUUCAAGCUAAUAUGCUUGAUAGCAAUAUCCCUCUUGAGUGGUGGCGAGAAGAUGCUGGAAGGGCUUCUUAAAUUGCCAAAGAACAGGGAAUGUGCUGAUUGCAAAUGCAAGGGUCCACGGUGGGCUAGUGUUAAUUUGGGCAUUUUGAUAUGCAUGCAAUGUUCUGGAAUCCACAGAAGUCUUGGAGUCCACAUAUUGAAGGUGAGAUCUGCUACCCUGGACUCAUGGCUUCCUGAACAGGUUGCAUUUAUCUAGUCAAUGGGGAAUGAGAAGUAAAAUAGCUAUUGGGAAGCAGAGCUAACCCCUAAUUAUGAUAGAGUUGGGAUUGAGAAUUUCAUUCAUGCUAAGUAUGAAGAUAAAAGAUGGGUUCCUAAAGACAACAAACAGUCACCUGCUAGAGCUCUGGAAGACAAGGCUUCUGUGCAGCAGCAGAUACCUGGGGAUAGGAGCGGACAUGACCAUGGUAGCAAUUCUGAAAAUCCAUCUGAGGAAAGGAAAAAAAACUUUCAAGAACAUCGCACAAGGCAAACCAUUCCGGCUACUAUGAGGAUUAGUUUACCUGUACCCCCUAAAGGACCUCCUAAAGGACCUAAACUAGUUACCCCACCGCCAAAGGCUCAACAGAUCACUGAGAAGAAGUCAGAACCAAUAGGGGCGUCUUCUAAAUCAAUAAAGCAGGCGGUAGAAUGUAGUCUAGCUGUCUCUGCCCUGAAAGUUGAUUUUGCUAUUGAUCUCUUCAACAUGCUUUCAAUGGAUGGUCCUAGUGUAAAUAGCUCAGAGGCUGCCUCUGCGGAUGAUAAUGCAUGGGUAGGUUUUCAAUGAUCAGCAGCUGAUAAAUCUGGCUCCACAGAACCAGAUGCUCAGAAGACGCAUUCUUCUUUUGGUAUUGAAGAUCUGUUUCAAGACUCCCCUUCUGUAGUUUCUGCGGUGUCGGAAAAGCCUAAAAAAGAUGCUAAAACUGAUACUAUGAGCCUUUUUGAUAAGGCACAAGAACAAUACCUCAUAUGGUCAUACCCAUUUGACAAUAUCAUGAAAUCAGUUAAGAGUCAACAAGAAGAGGACGAAGAGAUGGUUUCCAAGAGAGGUCUCUCUUCCAAUAAUAAAG